AGAUAUUUGGAGAAAGAGGUUAGCACUAAAGAGAGCGCGUAAAGCACGUUCUCUCCCUUAGGAUUGGCUGAACGUGGGCAGAUGUCACAACAGGGAAUCUUCGUUCUGCCCAGCUGCCAACUGCCUUCAUUUUCCAAAGCCAUCUGUGGGGGAAAGAGGGCCCACAUCUCUCUUCCCCCACACGGGAGGCCGUGCGGGAGGAACGAAGCACUAGACCCGGGCCGCAGACCCAGGAACGCUCAAUGGAGUCCGAAAGUCCCUCCUUCCGUUUCCCAUUGGUUGGGUACAACGAGGUUCAUAUGCUUCUCCACCAUCUUCAGGUUUCUCCUUGUUGACAGUCUUGAGGACCAUUUACAGACUGUAUUAAUAUCUCCAGACAACACCAAUACUAUCACUCAAGGAGGAUAUGAAUCUGUUUGCAAAUUCCACCGGACAGAAGCUCUAAGCAAUGAAAGUGAACCACAUUUUCAGAAUGAUUGUGAACAAUUCCCACAAGGCCAAUAUUGUGGUUAUGCCAGUCACAGCAGUAUUAAAAAGGAAAAGAUUCCAGAGCAAAAUGACAUGUUGACAUUUUUUAUCAAAAAAGAUGUGUAUACUGAAGAGACUCUGGUAAACUCUCCCAACAAUCCACUUCUAAAGGUCUACGAUGAAUUUUCAGUGCCUCUCCCAAUAACAGAAGACUCAUUGUUUGACAACAUUAUUAAGGACACCUCCAUAAACCUCAAGAAGACUUCGAGUUUCUUGUAUGAAAAAAACAUGUGUACAGAGGUUGGGGAAUCACUUCUUAAAGAGGGGUUUGACCAGACUGCUAUUCACAAAGCCAAGAUUGACGCUGAGCAAUAUGUCCAACACACAAAGAACUCAGGAGAUACCAGCACUCUACAUCUGCCAUGCCCCCUGGACAAAAACAAAGAUUUUGUUCAAGAUCUGAUGCAGUCAAAUAGACAUGACCAAAAGAACAGAAUGAGUAGCAUUUUUCGUCAUCAGUUAGAUGGGGAAAAUCACAGCUAUCGCCUUCAACUUAGAAGUAUUUAUGUUAAUCCAAGGGAAUCCCAGAAUGCUAAGGAAGCUCCAGAGAAGUCAAAUACUUGUCCAAAGGAAGUAGGGAUAGAGUCUCCAAACCGCCAUGAGAAUUUCCUAACUUAUUUCACCGAUACCAGUACUUGGAGUGAAGCAUCUAUAGAGGACUUCAAUCCCCAAGAUCCAAAGUUUGCUUUUGAAACUUUACAAUCCCUGGAUGAGGAGCAUAUAGAUUUGAAUGAUGUCAUAAAUACAUUAAAACAGGAUAACCAUAAGCAGCAAAGUAAAAUAACAGAAUUGGAGUCUAGUAACUUUUAUUUAGAGAAUAAUGUCAAAGAACUACAGCUAAAAAUUUCCAAACAACAGGUAUUUGUUGAUAUCAUAAAUAAAUUGAAAGAGAAUAUUGAAGAGCUUAUUGAAGACAAGUACAGGGUUAUCCUAGAAAAAAAUGAUAUUGAAAACUCUUUGAGAAAUUUGCAGAAGGCUUCAACUGAAAUACAAAAACAGCUUGAGGAAUCUAUGCUUGAAAAGAACACUUUAAUAUCAGAACUUAAAAAGAUAAAAACAGAUUUUCUUCUUCUUCAGGAGAAGUAUAAGAAUGAAUUAGAGAUAAAGAAUAAAUCCAUAAAUUAUUGUUUAGAAAUGGAAAAAGCCUUAAACAAAAAAGAGGAAGAAAUGGGGAGGUUAAAAAAUCUCAGAGAAGUGGAGAAAGCAACUUCACCUCUGGAGUUACUCCAAGGAGAAUUCCAGAAACAAGAAGAAGUCAAGAUACAGGAAAGGAAUCUUGGCCAGUUGGUUGCGCAAGUUAAAAUUUUGCAAUCAAGAACUGAAAGUGAAAGGGCUAAGAAUACCAAGUUACAGCAGCAGACCAAUGAGGUAAAAAGUGAGAAUGCAAAACUUAAGCAACAAAUUGCAAGGAAUGAGGAGCAAAAUUAUAACUGGAAACUUGAAACAGCUCAGUGGAAGCAACAGCUGGAGGAAAUAAUGGAGUCAGACAUUGCAAAGAAAGAAGUAUUAAAGAAAAGAGAAAGAGAGUUAGAGUGGAAGAUACACAUGUUGGGGAGGUUUCUUCAGCACAUGAAGAUAAUGCAUUCAAAUUUGUUCCUGGACUGCCCAUCUUUUGAAGAAGACAGUUUAAAUUCACCAUCUAUGAGAAAAACUUCUCAAUUUAUAUCGAAGAUGCACAAUUUAAUGGCUCUGAUGGUGGGACUACUUACUUAUGAGGAUACAGAUAAUUCUGAUAAUGAAAAUUUUCAGGAAGGUGAGAAUGUUUAUGAAAAAAUGAAGUGUUUCAACUUUAAGAAAAAAAAUUUGGAAGAAGAGCUACUGAAACAUAAGGAAAGAAUCUCAACCUUUAGGGAGUUAAUUGAUAAUGAAAAAGUUUCUCAAGAGAAAGUUUUUGAGGACAGAAACAGUGAUUUAGAGGAAGUUGAAAAUUAUACAAAUGUGCCUGACUUAUUAGAUACCAAACUAGAUCAAUACCAUAAUCUAAAUGAAGAGCUUAAUUCCCAGAUUAGCAAAUUGGGAAAUCUUCUUGAGUCCAAAGAAGACCAAAGCAACAAAAUCAUUGAAGAAAAUGAUGAGUAUCAAAAACAUUUAGGAAAACUAAUAAAUAAGGACAAAGAUUCCUCCAGGGAACAUGGAUGGAUAGAUGAACCCCCAGCACAGGUAACAUCAUAUGAGGAGAUCAUAGAAUGUGCUGACCAAAGGCUUGAGAUGUCUCACUUCCAAAUUGUACAUUUAGAAAAGAGGAACAGACAGCUGGAAGAUUUAAUUAAGAAGCCUAAAAUACAAACUUCAAAUUUAAGAGCAAAAGGUUUGGAAAAACAGCCAAAGUCCAUGACUGCAGUAUACAAUAUCUUAGAAGCAAAUAGAAAAGAAUUAAGUUCACCAAAACUGAAGACUAAAUAUUGCCAGUCAUUCAGCCAUCCCGUGAAGAGACUGGCUCCAUAAUGGAGUGCCCAAAUAAUAUAUGUAAUAUGAUAUAUUAAAGUUAAUAUAAGAAAGAGUAAGGAGAAAA